AUGUAUAACGUACCGGCGAUGUUGUCAAGCGACUGGGUAAAUCGUGAAGAGUGGUCCGAUGACGACGAAAAUCCAUUUCGUGGUGAUUAUCGAUUCGUCUAUUUUGGAGUGAAGGAUUCUUGGACGAAAUUCCACUCAGAUGUGAUGUCAUCGCAUAGUUGGUCAGCAAAUAUUUGCGGUCGUAAAUUAUGGUAUUUUGUUCCUCCUGGCAAUGAGAACGUCUUCAUGAAGGGCAAAGAAAUUGCUGAAGAUAUCAGAGAGUAUCAGGAUCUGUGGGAAAAG